AUGGCUCCAAAGAAGAAAGGCGGCAAGAAGAAAAAGGGAAAGAAGGCAUCGAAAGGACCAACCAUCAUCGAUGGCCGUCCCGUCUCUGAGAUGACCAAGGAGGAAUUAGAAGACCACUUGGGUCGUAUUCGUGAAGAACUUGAUCAUGAACGUGAAGAGCGAAAUUAUUUUCAAUUGGAGCGUGAUCGUAUCAGUACAUUUUGGGAAAUCACCAAGCGGCAACUCGAAGAGAAAAAGGCGGAAUUGAGAAACAAAGACCGAGAAUUAGAAGAUGCGGAAGAACAGCAUCAAGCUGAAAUCAAAGUUUACAAACAAAAAGUCAAACAUUUGCUCUACGAACAACAGAAUAACAUUGCGGAGUUGAAAGCUGAAACACUCGCUGAAUUGAAAGUCGCACAAGAGACACAUAAUGAAACGGAAAACACCACAUGGAAGGAAAAACGUGAACUCAAAGUUCAGAUGAAAGAUCAAGAACUGGCUCAACAGGAAGUCGUUCGCAAUUUGAAAAAGACAAAUGAAACGUACAUAUCCAAAUUACGUGACGACUUUCUACGACAAGCUCGCGAAAUCGAAGAAAAAUACGAGAAGAAACUACGCGAUCUCCGUGAGGAAAUGGAAUUACGUCGUAAAACCGAAAUCCAUGAAAUCGAAGAACGAAAAAAUCAACAAAUCAACGAUCUCUUACGUAAUCAUGAAAAAGCCUUCAGCGAUAUUAAGAAUUAUUACAAUGAUAUUACAACGAACAAUCUGAGUCUUAUCAAUACAUUGAAAACUGAAAUCGAAAACAAGAAGAAAGAUGAAGAACGUCUACAGAAACGAAUGAAUGAAUUGGAAAGCGAAAAUCGCAAGAUGCGUGAGCCAUUGGAAGCCGCACAAAAAGAAAUGGAAAUUCUCAGACACAAAGCGGAUAAUUUCGAGAAAAUGAGAAAUCUACAAGAGAGCACGAAGAAAUUGUUGAAAAAUACCGAAGGCGAAUUGAAAAACUCACAAUGGGAGUAUGAAGUUUUGUUGCAACGAUUUGAAAUCAUUCAAAAAGAACGCGACGAUCUUUACAAUAAAUUUGUUAAAGCUAUCAAUGAAGUUCAACAGAAGAGCAGUCUGAAGAAUUUGUUAUUAGAAAAGAAACUAAGCACAUUGGCAGAUAGUUUGGAAAAGAAAGAAGCACAAUUGAACGAAGUCCUCUCGGCGUCCAAUCUUGAUCCAGCUUCACUUUCGGUUGUGACAAGAAAACUCGAGGAAGUACUCGACGCCAAGAAUACAUCGAUUCGUGAUCUACAAUACGAAUUAGCACGUGUUUGCAAAGCUCAUAAUGAUAUUCUUCGAACUUACGAAGCCAAACUACGUCAAUUUGGUAUUCCUGUUGAAGAAAUUGGCUUCAAACCAUUGGAAAGUGCUGUCGCUGGUCAACAACUAGGCCGUGGUGUUGCCGGUCUUGUCACCAGUCCACCUUAA